UUGAUCAAAGAUGGCAAAUAUUGACUCCAUGGAUAUCUGCAAUUCAAAUAAGCUUCGCUGGGCAUCACUAUUUGGCUAAGCCUUACUCAGCCUAUCAGAUCUCGGUAAAGCCAGUCGGAUUUUCAUCUUAGUGACAGAUAUAUUCCAAUUUUUCAAUUUACUCAUGAAACAGGACUUUGCUUUAUGUGCUGUGUGCAGGUUUUCAUAAACAAUGUGUUUCUUGGUAAAACCCUGACUGUUUGCUUUCACGAGCAUCAUUAAGGAUAAUUUGUUUGUGAUUAUUUUCUGAGUGCAGCCCUAAGUGUCUCGUACUUGAGUCAGUGGCAAAAUAUAUGUAACUGUGAAGGAUUUUUUUUCUUGAAGUAGAAAAAAAAAUCCAUGAAAAUUUCAUUGCUUCCUGAUUGAUUUUUUUUUUUACCAUUGCUUAUAUAUGGUUAUAGCUUUAUUACAUGGUUAAAAUUGGACACAUUUUAGCAGAGGAGGAUCUAUUGAUUUUUUUCCCCCUUGUGUCUAGUUUAAUUCUAAAGUUCAGAACAUCUUCUACCAGAUUUUGAACGUUUGACUUGGAUAUACUGAUCUCAGAAGAAAUUGUUUCUAGUCACUGAAAAGCUGCAGAACAGAAAUUCUCUUGUGAUUAUACAACAUUGAACAGGAUUUUAUUAUCAGUUUAAGGCUGAUUGAGAAAAUGUAGACACGAAAGAACCAUCUGUCCAUGUGGUGCUAUAUUUAAAUGGUUCAUGAAUUGGUAAAAUAGAAUUAGUACAUGCAGCUUUAAUGCUGUGCUGACCAUGAAUGACGUUCUGAAUACCUUUGCUGCAGCGGUGCUUUUGUGCACUGUGGCCAUCUAUGCAGAGAACAAUGUUGCACCACAAAUUACCCAGGAGGUUCGGAAUCUGACCGUGGCUGAGGAAUAUCAGGUCAGUUUUGUCUGUAAAGCCUCUGGAAAUCCACAACCUACGUUUUACUGGGAAAAAGACAGGAAAAAACUAAACAUAAGGAGGAACCGAUUCAAAGUAUUUGAUAUGCCGUAUGGCAGUGUUUUGAGGAUUGAGACCGUUCGUAAGAAGGACAGUGGGAGUUCCUUUACCUGUGUGGCGGAGAAUGGAGUGGGGGAUCCAGCUAGGAGUACGGGGCAUCUGAAGGUUUACCCCAUUGACAGGGAAGGAAAUGAAUUUCCAGCAGGGUAUCCCAAAAUCAUUGUAAAUCCAGAGCUAAAAUCUGUUGAGAAAGAGAAACCUGCCAUUAUGCAGUGUCAAGCGGAUGCUAAUGGACACAAGUUUGAUAUCGAGUGGUUCAAAAAUGGUGUCCCUGUAGACCUGGGUGACAACAAACGGCUCACAAUCACAGAAACAGGUUCUUUACGUAUCGCCAAGGCCCUAGAAUCAGAUUAUGGAAAGUAUGAAUGUGUAGCUACCAAUGAUUAUGGAGUAGCUUAUUCUUACGCUGCAAUGUUGUACAUCAGAGUACGUAGAGUCCCCCCUCAUUUUACCCUCCCACCAAAGAGAGUGGAGGUGGACCCCAAUGGCAGCGUCAAUCUGACCUGCGUGGCGGUCGGGUCCCCCAUGCCACACGUUAUGUGGCGGGAUGGUGCCACGGAACUCGGAAAGCCUGUCAUAGGAAAGAAUGUCCUCCAACUUAAAAACGUCACAGAGAGUAAGAACUACACGUGUGUGGCGUCAUCUGACUUAGGAAACAUCGAACAUGUCGGGGAGGUCAUCGUUAAAGCCAAGAGUAGUGGUUCUGCCCCUGGAACUCCUCCCAGAUACGUUACAGCCAAGGCCCUCAACUCCAACACUGUCAGUGUGUCCUGGCUACCUCCAGAGAAACCUAAUGGGGUCAUACAGGGAUACCGAGUGUUCUACACUCUGCAAGCUGAUUUACCCAUAAUUCUCUGGAACAACAAAGAACUUCAAUCAAACACCAAUGAGACGAUAAUAACGGGCCUGAAGCCCAAUGACACCUACACAAUUUGUGUCCUAGCUUACUCCAGUAAAGGGGAGGGUCCAGUGUCACAGCUUAUCACUGUCAUCACCAAUGAAGGAAUCCCGUCACAGCCCCGUAACAUUUUUGCGGAAGUAACAGGACCUAACACAAUAGAUGUAUCCUGGGACCCACCGAGUCAGACCAGGAACGUGGUUACUAAAUACUUUGUGUACUACAAUGAUACCUACCUGAAGCAGGAGAGCCAUUUGGUAGUCCAGGGCACAGAGACCAAGUGUCAACUUGAGGAACUGACCCCCGACACUGUGUAUACCAUCAAAGUCUCCGCAAUCUCCAAUAAAGGUGAAGGUGCCGCCACGCGGAUAAUCCAGGCCAAGACACUGCCAUUCGUGCCAAGUGCCGCCCCUCAAGCUGUUAGCGGAAUGCCCUACAAAGACUCCAGGAGUAUCAAAGUCACGUGGAAACCUCCCCCCAAAGAUCAACAAAAUGGGGAGAUCCGAGGCUAUAAGAUAUUUUAUGUGAAAUAUGACCCCAGUCAGACCGAUCAGGACGCCACCAGCUCCUCCGUCGGGGCUGAGAAUCAGGAGAUAGUGUUGGGCAAACUCGAGAUCUUUACCGAGUACAAGAUCUGGGUUCUGGCCUUCACCAGUGUAGGAGACGGUCCCAGCUCACCCCCUAUCCGAGUGUGGACCAACGAGGACGUGCCUGAUGAGCCUACAAAGGUGACGGCCGAAGCCAUUAACUCGACGGCCAUGUUUGUGGACUGGCGGCCACCAGAGGGCAGAGGUAGUAACGGAAUUAUCCGCGGAUAUUACGUCUACUACUACGAGACCAACGACAAAGAUGAAAUGGUGGGACAGGAGCUGGUACACGAUACACACGACGGAAACAGGAACGAAGCUGUCAUCACGAACCUGAAGGCUGACACCCAGUAUUCCGUGCAGGUAGCAGGGUACACAAGGAGGGGAGAUGGAAAACGCAGCAAAAAGAAGAUUGUCAAUACAAAAGGGGCUGUGCCCACGCCUCCGAGGGAUCUGAAUGCAGUCCUGUUGGAUGAGGAACGCCCACAAGUUCAUGUGACCUGGAAGAUUCCCAAGGACGUCCACGGGGAACUGAUGGGGUACCAGGUGAUCUGGGGCCGCAAGGGCGAGUCCUACCAAAUGCUGAACCUCCCAGCCAUGAGACAGAGCUACAUCUCUGAUAUCCUAGAUAAGGGGGCUACAUAUGAAUUUAGAGUGAAGGCUAAAAAUGAAGUUGGACUUGGCGAGAGAGCAUCAGCUGUAAUAAUUACCCCUGAUGGAAUCCCAGCAGGAGCCCCACAGAAUUUUUCAGCCGAGAGUUUGACAGAAACCAGUGUGAUACUGGAGUGGGACCUACCAGCCAAGCACCUGCAGAAUGGAGAGAUUGUCAUGUACCAACUGAUGUACCACAAAAUGGCGGAUUCCAUCAAUGCUGAGGAUCUUAACAUCACGGGGCUACAGUAUGAGGUGAAGGGGCUGGAGAUGAACACCGACUAUGUCUUCCAGAUCCGAGCCUUUACCAGCAGAGGACCCGGACCCUGGAGCCCUAAAUAUAUGCACCAUACAUUUGGAAGAAUGCCAGACAAGCCACAGAAUGUCCGCACCCGUCGUAAGAGUCGACACAAGAUAGAGGUGACAUGGGACGAGCCUAAGAUGGCCGUGGCCGGGUAUCGGGUUUAUUACAAUGAUUAUGAGAGUAAUAACAUGGAAGACUGGUCCAAGAUAGACAUCGGUCCCUACACUAUAGCGGACAUCGACAUCCCAGAAGACAAGGCCACGUAUGUCAUUCGAGUCCAGGCCAAGUCUGUGGAUGGAAGAUUUGGAAAUAUGACGGAAUCUGUUGUUGACUCUUUCGUUUCUCCUUAUGUGGGGGAUGACCAGGUGAAAAAUUUCCAGGUCACUUUAAGAACAGCCACAGAGGUUCAUUUAAGCUGGGAUCCCCCUGAAAAUUUUGUUGUCUAUUACAAAUUGAAGUAUAGAGGAGUUCAGUCAAGAAGACGAAAAGGUCAGCUGUUACCACCAAGAGAAUUCCAGUCCAAACCUAUUGAGAUUCCAGGAAACCAGAAAAGUUAUACAGUGAACAAUCUCCAACCCAAAACUUUCUAUACAUUCAAUAUCACCGCUAAGUUCCGUGAUGGCUCCACUGGCCGCCCACAGAUGGUGAGGGCCUACACGCGACUCCUUGCUCCAAACCAAGUUCCUCAACCCCAGGUCAAAGGUUACAGAAAAAACUCGGUGAUUUUAACAUUUGAUAAAGCCAGUGAGGAAAACGGUGAUUUAAGUUACUACUACUUAGUUGUGGUACCGCAGAAUAUCGCAACACAAAAGAAUCCACAAGAUUUCAAAGAGUCAGAGUUUUAUGCGGACACCAUGCCAUCGAGCUAUCCUGCCAGAAAUGUGUACAUCGCAGCCAAGUUCAAGGCCGAUCAGCUUCCAGAGGAGUUUACUUUGGGUGACGGCGUGGAAUACGGAGGCUUCACCAACAGACCACUAGAGGUGGACAAUACCUAUAGAGUCUUCCUGCGUGCCUACACAGUGGAAAUGACGUUGUACAAAUCCAGUGAUUAUUCUGCGUAUUUGCGCGUGCAUCCCAAAGGUUCAUACCUUGUUCCCAAUGAAGGCUCUCCUAGUGCCAAAGAAGACGACCCUACGAUAGGGAAAGAAAGUGUCGCAAGCUCUAAAAGCGUCAUGAUAAUAAUGAUUGUAGCUCCCGUGUGUGCUGGCGUUGCCUUCAUUAUCAUCGUCUGUAUAUUGGUGGUCUGGUACAUGAGGAGGAAAUCUAACAGGAAAUCCAAGAGUCCGGAGCCGUAUCCUGGUAAAGUGAUCGUGGAUGUUCCUUCUCAUCCUUGUGAUCCGGUGGAGCUACGGCGCCAGCACUACCAGACACCAGGUAUGAUCAGUCACCCGCCCAUUCCCAUUCAUAUGCUACAGGAGCACAUAGACAAUCUAAAGGCUAACGAUAAUCACAAGUUCUCACAGGAGUACGAGUCCAUAGAACCAGGACAGCAGUUCACAUGGGACCAGUCCAACUAUGAGAUUAAUAAGCCCAAAAACCGGUACGCCAACGUAAUCGCCUACGACCAUUCUCGUGUCAUACUACAACCUGAAAAUGGUAUUCCUGGUAGUGAUUACAUCAAUGCAAAUUACAUGGAUGGGUACAGGAAACAGAAUGCAUACAUUGCAACACAGGGUCCAUUGCCAGAGACCUUUGGAGAUUUCUGGAGGAUGGUUUGGGAACAAAGGACUGGAACUAUUGUCAUGAUGACCCGUCUAGAAGAAAGGUCCAGGAUUAAGUGUGACCAGUACUGGCCACACCGUGGAGCUGAGACGUACGGAGUGAUGCAGGUUCUCCUCGUGGACGUCACAGAACUGUCUACUUACACCAUCAGGACCUUCCAUAUAUCCAGGUAUGGGUAUCCAGAGAAGCGUGAAGUGAGACAGUUCCAGUUCACCGCCUGGCCAGACCACGGUGUCCCUGAUCACCCCACCCCCCUCCUGAUGUUCAUGAGGAGAGUGAAGGCCAGUAACCCCCCUGAUGCUGGACCCUUAAUCGUUCACUGCAGUGCUGGGGUUGGACGCACAGGUGCUUUUAUUGUCAUUGAUGCCAUGCUGGAACGCAUUAAACAUGAAAAGACAGUGGACAUUUAUGGUCAUGUGACCUGUUUACGAGCUCAGCGUAACUAUAUGGUUCAGACAGAGGACCAGUACAUCUUCAUUCAUGAUGCUCUCCUUGAGGCUGUAACGUGCGGAAAUACGGAGGUUCCUGCCCGCAAUCUGUCAGUUCACAUUCAGAAACUGAUGCAGCCGGAACCAGGGGAGACGGUCACAGGAAUGGAGUUAGAAUUCAAGAGAUUAGCAAAUAUGAAGGCCAGUCCCAAUCGUUUUGUUAGUGCAAAUCUUCCUGUGAAUAAAUUCAAAAACAGACUUGUUAAUAUAUUACCUUUUGAAUCCACAAGAGUAGCAUUACAACCUAUUCGGGGAGUGGAUGGCUCAGACUAUAUCAAUGCAAGCUUCAUAGAUGGCUACAAAUAUCGCCAGGCCUACAUAGCCACACAAGGAUGUCUGGCCGAGACCACUGAGGAUUUCUGGAGAAUGCUUUGGGAACACAACUCUACAAUCAUAGUCAUGCUCACAAAACUUAGAGAAAUGGGCAGAGAGAAAUGCCACCAAUACUGGCCCAGUGAGAGGUCCGCUCGAUAUCAGUAUUUUGUCGUUGAUCCCAUGGCAGAGUAUAAUAUGCCUCAGUAUAUUCUGAGGGAGUUUAAAGUCACAGAUGCAAGGGAUGGACAGUCCCGAACUAUCCGUCAGUUCCAGUUCACCGAUUGGCCAGAACAAGGUGUUCCCAAGUCCGGGGAUGGAUUCAUUGAUUUCAUUGGUCAAGUUCACAAAACAAAGGAACAGUUCGGCCAAGAGGGACCCAUCACUGUCCAUUGCAGUGCGGGAGUGGGUCGGACCGGGGUGUUCAUCACGCUCAGUAUAGUGCUUGAGAGAAUGAGGUAUGAGGGAGUUGUUGACAUGUUUCAAACCGUCAAGAUGCUGCGAACGCAACGACCGGCCAUGGUGCAAACAGAGGACCAAUAUCAGUUUUGCUAUAGAGCUGCCUUUGAGUACCUGGGAUCAUUUGACCACUAUGCAACGUAGAGACAAAGUGAAUCAUAGCGUUGUGAAUUACUUCAAGCAAAUCGGUUUUCUGUGGAGGAGAAAAAACCUGAACAGUUUGCUAGGGUAUCCCGAGGAACCUUGUCAGCUCUAUGUUUAUAUGUGCAAUAACAUUUAGUUAGAAUUCUCCAUUCUUUCUGUGAUGUCCGUGAUAAGCGAGUGGCCAGUACAGGAAGAUCAUGGAAAACCUAAAUCAUGUUGACAUCUGUGUUGCCAAAGAAAUAAACUGAUUGCUGGUCUACUUCUCCGAUACAGAGAAGUUUAGUCCAAACUGUGAUUUUUAUUUCGUCAUCAUUAGCCAUGGUGCUUGUGCGUGUGUUAUAUUUGUUCUAGAGACUGCUUCCAUUAUAUCUUGUCAGAAAAAUGUAUGCAUCGUGUCUACGUUUCUCUAGAGAAAUCUGAUUUACAUUACUUAUAAAGAGGUUACAAUCUAUUACUCUUUAAGUUUACAGAAACAAAUUAACCAGUUCACUCAGUUUUCUGGUUUUUGGCUCGCUGUAUUUGUGGGAUAUUUAUCAUGUUGCAAAAUGUCAUGGCUCGGACAUUUUUUUUAAAACUGCUCAAUAUCAAAAAAAAAUUCCAAACAUCACAAGCCAUGUCACUGAAUAAUUUACACGACUUAUGAGCUGUAAGGUAUGAAAUUGAGGUGUUUUUAAUUAAAGGAAAUUAAAAGGAAGUGGUAGGUAAUAUUUUAUUUUUCAUUUUUGCUUCAUACUAUGAUGUGAUAGAGACUAUAAAAGAUUAUCAUUCAAACACAUCUGAUUGUCAUUCUAGAUAAUCAAGAAUAUAAUUUUGUUUAAUGAUGUGAGAACAAAUAUGUGUUGCUUUUUAGCAUGAGAUGAUUUUGUACAUUUUUGUAUCUAAAUGUUUCGGACAGAAGAAAAAAGUGCUUGUUUAUUUAAAAGAACGUCCCUAAACACUUAACACCUUGUACAGGCAUAAUAAGGAAACUUAGUAGGAUUCUAGUGUCUGUGAAAAUGGUAGUUCUGUUGUGUGUUUAUGUGCUAUUUGAAAAAAAAUCUCUCAACAAAAGUUGAAAACAGUUGAUUGAACUACAGCAAAUGAAGUUAAAUCUUACUUGUAUAUGUUUUUGUUGUACUGCCUACUAAAACAAGGGCUUGAAAGUAUAAAUAUAUAUUUAAUUUUAUGAUAAAGAUGGCUAACUUAUGUAUAUAAGAAAAAAAACAUGUACAUUGAAGACAAUUUUUCCCACCUACUGAUAGUAUUGAAGCAUAUUUUAUUGUGUAUAGAUAUAUACUUAAUGUUCAUUUUUACACAACAUGGCAUUAUAAUAGACCAAGGAUCAUUUCUUUAUCAUCUUCAUCAUCAUAUACUAUUAUCCAUACAUCACAUAUUCAAUGACCAUAUUCAAUGUUGACGUUUUUAAUGUUAAAAGUUGAUCUGUGAUGAAUUCCCUAUUGAGUGGUAUUUUUUUCCUUAGAACUUCAGGGACAUGGUAUUUUGGUAUUAAUUGAAUUAUUUCUACACACGGAAUUAAUUUCCAAACUAUCUUGUACAUUAUAUUUAACGAGACUUUUGCUUACACAAAAAAGAAAUUCAAUAAAAACUGAAUGCAGCUUUCUUUUUCUCUGUUGCAUUCUUUUGAUUAAUUAAAGAAAUUAAAAAGUCAGCUUUAUGUACAGAAUUCAGUGUAGGAUUUUAGUUUGCAUCAUGUGAUAUAGUUCAUUGGUGUUGCAUAGAUGUUCCUACUAGGGUACCUAGACUGUUGAACAUUCAAACUUGAUUAAGUGAUACUACGCUCAUUAAUGUAAUUAAGGGAAAUAACAGCUGGUAUCAGAUGUCAAGAUUUUAUUAAAUAGGAAUGUAAAAAUUUAUUGGGAUGAAAUUUAGAAGUUCUAUAGACCAAAUUUGAAAUGCUAAGACAUGACAUUCAACACCAUGCUCCAUGUUCAUGUAAAAGCUGUAUAUAUACGUAUAGAAGCACCCUCACUUUCAUGUAGAAUCUAAAUGUCUCAAUGUAUAUACAUGUAUGUCUGCUUAUUAUAUUUCUUUACAUUGCUUAACUGUCAGAAGAGAAUCUCAUUCUUAAUCCAUAUACGUUAUUAGACUAGAUAAAGAGUAUUCUUAUUGUUCUACAAAAGUCAUCUACCAAUGGUUGUCAUUUUUUCAAUUGAUUUUUUUUUUCACAUAAAGUUGAUUAAAAAUUGUAAAAAUUAAUGUGAAUUAAACAGCUUUAAGUCACUAUUUUUUCCUCUUGUAUUUUCACUCCUAUUUAUUCUACAAGAUUUGCUAGACAUUGUUAAGAUUGAUAUUUCUUUAGAUCUACACAAAGAUCAUUAUUUGUCCUCUCACGAUCAUGUGCACCGUUGUCCUGUACAAUACUGCUGAGAUGUUGUGUUACUCUGAUCUGAUCAGAAGUAUUCAGUCGUAAAUAAAGACAUAUUACUGACA